CUCCUUAAAUCAACCGCUUUUAUUUUUCUAGUGUGGCUAACGGUUGUUGCCAUUCAAAGCUGCAAGCUUUACUAAACGCUAUUCAGUGGAUAUAAAAUAGUUCCAAAAAGUGUAUGCGUAGCGGUUUUUCCAUACUAUUUCAACGGUCUGAAUAUUGCAUUUGAGAAAUGUCGAGGCGAAGGCACAGCGAUGAGAGUGAUGCCGGCUCCCAGCCUCACAAACGGAGGAGGACGUCUGAACCCAUUGAGAUUGAAGACCGCUUGGAGUCGCUGAUAUGUCGAGUGGGAGAGAAGAGUACAUCCUCCUUAGAGAGCAAUUUGGAAGGUCUUGCUGGUGUCCUGGAGGCGGAUCUUCCUAAUUAUAAAAGCAAAAUCCUGCGCAUCUUAUGUGCUGUUGCAAGGCUUUUGCCAGAGAAGUUAGCGGUGUACACAACACUAGUGGGACUUCUCAACGCUCGCAAUUACAACUUUGGAGGAGAGUUUGUGGAGGCCAUGAUCCGACAACUUAAGGAGACACUAAAAUCAAACCUUUACUCUGAGGCCGUUUACUUGGUGCGCUUUCUCAGUGACCUGGUGAACUGUCAUGUCAUCGCGGCUCCAUCCAUGGUUGCUAUGUUUGAGAACUUUGUCAGUGUCACGCAGGAAGAAGACAUACCACAGGUGCGGUCUGACUGGUAUGUGUACGUUGUGCUGUCCAGUCUGCCUUGGGUUGGCAAGGAGCUGUAUGAGAAGAAGGAUGUGGAAAUGGAUCGCUUGCUCAACCAAAUUGAGGGAUAUUUAAAGCGGCGUCAGAAGACUCAUGUUCCUAUGCUGCAGGUGUGGACCGCAGAAAAGCCCCACCCACAGGAAGAGUAUCUGGACUGUCUCUGGGCUCAGGUGCAGAAGCUGAAGAAAGACCGCUGGCAGGAGCGUCACAUCCUGCGGCCUUAUAUUGCAUUUGACAGCGUGCUGUGUGAAGCCCUGCAGCACAACCUGCCCCCUUUCACACCUCCAGCCCACUCUGAUGACGCUGUUUACCCCAUGCCCCAUGUCGUCUUCCGCAUGUUCGACUACACUGAUGCCCCAGAGGGGCCUGUGAUGCCUGGAAGUCAUUCAGUUGAGCGCUUUGUGAUUGAGGAGAACCUGCACUGCAUAAUCAAGUCUCACUGGAGGGAGAGAAAGACCUGUGCUGCCCAAUUGCUCAGCUACCCUGGAAAAAACAAGAUUCCCCUUAACUACCAUAUUGUGGAGGUGAUAUUUGGUGAGUUAUUCCAGCUGCCGAGUCCUCCUCACAUUGAUGUCAUGUACACUGCGUUACUCAUUGAGCUCUGCAAACUGCAACCGGGCUCUUUACCACAAGUUCUUGCUCAAGCCACAGAAAUGAUGUAUAUGAGGCUGGACACAAUGAACACAACCUGCAUAGACCGACUCCUCAACUGGUUCUCCCAUCAUCUGAGUAACUUCCAGUUCAGAUGGAGCUGGGAUGACUGGGCUGACUGCUUGACUCAAGAUAUUGAAAAGCCUAAACCCAAGUUCGUUAAAGAGGUUUUGGAUAAGUGUAUGAGGUUGUCGUAUCAUCAGCGGAUAGUGGACAUUGUUCCUCCGAGUUUCUCUGCCCUGAUCCCGGCUGACCCUGUGUGCAGCUAUAAAUAUGGAGAGGAGGCUGACAGUUCAUUACCAGGAUUAGCUAUGGCAACUACAGUGGGUAACGCUAUCAAAAACCGGGCAUCUAAUGAGGAGAUUCUUAUUGUUCUAAAAGAUGUCCCUAAUCCAAACCAGGAUGAUGAUGAUGACGGGGGCGAUGGCUUCAAUCCUCUAAAGAUUGAAGUGUUCCUGCAGACGCUGCUCCAUUUGGCUGCGAAGUCUUUCAGUCAUUCCUUCAGUGCCCUGGCCAAGUUCCAUGAGGUUCUGAAGACCCUUACAGACAGCGAUGAGGGGAAACUGCACAUCCUCAGGGUUCUGUAUGAGUUCUGGAGGAACCAUCCUCAGAUGAUCUCAGUGUUGGUGGACAAGCUGAUACGGACCCAGAUUGUGGACUGUGCAGCUGUGGCCAACUGGAUAUUUUCUCCCGAAAUGGCUCAUGAUUUCACCAGGUUUUAUGUGUGGGAGAUUCUACAUUCCACCAUCCGGAAAAUGAACAAACACGUGCAGAAGAUUCAGAAAGAGUUGGAUGAGGCAAAAGUAAAGCUGGAGAAGCAACACAACAAAAAGGUAGAGAAAAAAUCAUUUUGA